AUGCAGGACCGGGUGUUUACGGUGUCGAAAGCGACGGCGGAAAUCUUCCUGCAGAAGAACACUUUCACGGUCACCGCAAGUGAAUUGCGCACGCCCAAGCCUGAAGUAAAUUAUGACAAGAUCAAAUUUGUCCAGGAAGAUCCACUGGGCUGUACCACCGAUGCUUCCGUGGAGGAUUCGCCAUCCCCCGUUGCCAGCAUUCCGGAGGCACAUACUCGGAGUGAUCCUAUAGUUAGUGCAGUAGUCAUCGCCGGCGAAGGAAAAGACAGUGAUCGGAAGGAUAACCAUGACUUGGAUGAGCACUAUGGUGAUGGGGGUAGUAUUCAUCAUGAUACCUUGGACUUAUCACAUUGGGAUGGUGGCCUCAACAUAUCGCCAGAUGGGACCCCUCACCAGGACAAGGAUGAUGCUGUUCAAGGCCUGCUGGCUCUAGGAUCUACAGCUGGCCCGAACGGUAUCAUACCGGAGUCGACUAACCUGUCGCUACUCAGUCCCAAUGUCACGUUAUCGUCGCUGAUGAAUACCCGGUCCUCGGAGGUCAAGGAGAUUCCAAUGCCAGCAGUACCUACCGGACUUUUGGACGAUCCCAGACGUACGAGUAUCAAUCGGCUGUCUACCUCCAUAACUACGAGUAUCGGUAUUGAAACGGAAGCUCGCAGACUAGAACUUCUCCGCCAUUACCGCUACCAUGUUGCUACUUGGCGGGGUCAGUGGAAUAGAGCAGGUCUUGAGCAGCUGGCCCUUCGAAAGAGCAACCAAUUGGACCAACUAGACUAUGAUCAUCCUGACUCCACGGAGCUUAUAUUGUUAUACCUUCUCGAAGAUAUUCGACAUCUAGUCACAGAUGUUCCAAAAGCUUGGAUCGACUGGGCGAAUAGGGAUGUCCCUUUUGUAAAUCACUUGGUUCAGCAUGCCUACAGUAAGAACAUGGAGUCGACUGCUUACUGGAUGUUUUUACGUAUAGACUUAGGAGUGGCACUCGCUAACGAUGUCCCCCUUCGAAUUCCGCUCCCAAUGCUCCCGAUUCCCAGCCUAUCAUUGUUAUCUCGUACCGAGGAUGGAUGCGAAAGGGUUAGCCAUUAUACCAAUGCUGUCUUGUGGCUAUGUGGGAAGGCUUUAGCCUUAUGCCACCAAGAAGCUAUGCCACACCCUCUUGCGACUUCACAUGAGGUGAUGGAAAAUUGGUUGCAAGUGUUUGGGGAGCUUGAGCAGUGGCAGAAUUUGCGGCCACUAGAAUUCGAACCAAUGGUGGAGAUAGACGCGAGAGAUCAAGUACUCAAUCAAGGGAGCGAAUUCCCAUUGCUUCUAUUCGCAAACGGGGCUGGAACUUUCAGCAAUCAGAUAUACCAUACCGCAAUGCUGUUGUUGCUCCAGUGUAAGCCACGAACUGCACUGCUAAAUCACCCGCAGUCUCCAGUCCUAUCUCCUCUGUGGCACGCAUACCGUAUCUGCGGUAUCGCGCUCAAUAAUGAUACACGCGAAAGUUGGGACCCAUGCUUGCUUGCCUCUCUCCUUCUUGCAGCGAAGCAUAUGACGCACGAAUCGCAGCAACAGGAAAUCUUGCAAGGCUUUGAUCGCAUCCGUGGGAUCACCGGUUGGGAUACCGGCGAAUAUCUGAGCCACCUCCAAGAAGAAUGGUCGUUUCUCGACGGUCUUUGA